AUGCCUUCCACUAAAGUUGCUGCUCUAUCUGCUGUCCUGGCUCUAGCCUCCACGGUUGCUGGCCAUGGCUUCGUGCAAAACAUUGUCAUUGACGGUAAAUCCUACACUGGUUACCUCGUAAACCAGUACCCCUACCAAUCCAACCCACCAGCUGUUAUUGGGUGGUCAACCACUGCGACCGACUUGGGAUUUGUCGAUGGAUCUGAAUACACCAACCCAGACAUCAUCUGCCACAAAAAUGCCAAACCCGGCCAGCUUUCUGCUCCGGUUGCCGCAGGAGGCAAGGUUGAGCUCGAAUGGACAACAUGGCCCGAGAGCCAUCACGGCCCUGUCAUCAGCUAUCUCGCCAAUUGCAAUGGCGACUGUACUACCGUGGAUAAGACGAAGCUCGAAUUUGUCAAAAUCGAUCAGCGUGGUCUCAUUGACGACAGCAAUCCUCCCGGUACAUGGGCCGCCGAUCAACUCAUCGCCGCCAACAACAGCUGGACUGUAACCAUUCCUGAGAGCAUCGCACCUGGAAACUAUGUCCUUCGCCACGAAAUCAUCGCUCUUCACUCCGCCAACAACGCAAACGGAGCCCAAAACUACCCUCAAUGCAUCAACUUGCAAAUCACCGGCAGCGGAACCGCCAACCCAUCUGGUACCCCCGGUGAAAAGCUCUACACCCCAACUGACCCAGGUAUCUUGGUCAACAUCUACCAGUCAUUGUCGACUUAUGCUAUUCCGGGCCCAACUUUGUGGAGUGGUGCUGCAGCACACGUUGUUGCUACUGCAACCGGUUCUGCUACUGGGGUUGCUUCUGCGACCGCUACUCCUACCACUCUCGUGACUGCCGUUUCAUCACGUACCGGUGCUCCUUCGGUGGUGACUCCUGAGGCUCCUUCAGUAACCUCCUUCGCCCCAGUGGUGACUGUUACUGAUGUCGUUACUGUGACUACCGUCAUCACUACUACUAUCUCUUAA